GUAGAACUCAUUCCAAUCGCAUUCUAAAAGACACAAGCUGCAUAAAUAAUACUAAAAUAUAGUUGAAGGAUAUAAACAUCCUUUUAUUUGUUUGUUAUAAACAUAUGUUUAGGACUGGAAUUGUAAAACAAAUUUGCCUUUAGUUGGAAAUAAUGAAUUCCAAAUCCGAUCAUGAAGCCGAAAAAGAAAAAAAGUUGACCAUUACCAAUAGGUUUGGGGAUUCCCUGGAGAACUAUGAACUACCCAACGAAUCCAGCGAGCACAAACCCCAUGUUUACCCCAAGAAGAUUCCCAACAGAAAAAAUGGAAUAUUAAAGAACAGCGAUGGCAACCAUGGUGCUGUUGAUAAUCCCUAUCACGAGGAUAUCGAUUUGGCAGACAUUCUUGGAACAAAUUGGCCAAAAAGAGCGGGAGCGGCUGCUAUGAUCUUAAACAAUAAAAGCAAAACGGUGACAGAGCCAAAUAGUUGCGAGGAUACAAUUUUGAAACCAACUUCCCCUAUAUUAACAAAAGUAGAGCCAGAGGAACCCAUACGAUUCACAGCCGCUGAUUACCAACCGCUGAUCGAAAUACCAGGAACCGAACUAGCGAUCGGUUCCCUUGUAGAAGUCUCGAACCCUGGAGUGUGUGACGAUCUGUAUGGCGUUAUAAGAUGGAUUGGCAUCCCUCCUGGUUCACCAAAAAACGUACUCGUUGGAAUAGAGGCUGAAGACGAAUCGAACUUGAAAAAUGUUGUCACAUCGGAUGGGAGGCACAAUGGCGUUCGCUUAUUUACUUGCCACGAUGGUCGAGCUAUUUUUGUACCAGCCAACAGAUGCACGGCUGACCGGCGAUUUGCUGAUGUGGAUAAUAGUAUUUCUACAAACCGAGUUUCCAAUAACCACGCUAAGAAAUUUGGAGUUGCUGACUGUCCCGCCAUUUAUGGUUCGAUACCUCCAUUGGAAAUCCACAACUCUGAAGAGCUGGCAAGCAUUUGUGGAAAGUUUAAGGGAAUUCAAGGACACCAUAAUUCCUGCUAUCUUGAUGCAACCUUAUUUUCAAUGUUCACGUUUACCAGCGUAUUUGAUUCCAUUCUGUACAGACAUCCGGGACCACAAGACAUUCGUCAUUACAGUGAAGUUCAGAAGGUUUUGCGCGAUGAAAUCGUCAAUCCAUUGCGAAAGAACGUGUUUGUUCGAUCUGAUCGUGUGAUGAAACUUCGCGAACUGUUGGAUAAGCUUAGUUCUGUAAGCGGUCUCACCUGCGAGGAAAAAGAUCCUGAAGAGUUCCUAAAUAGUUUGCUCUCACAAAUUAUGCGAGUUGAACCAUUUUUAAAGCUAAGCUCCGGACAAGAUUCUUAUUUUUACCAACUAUUUGUGGAGAAGGAUGAAAAGUUAACAUUACCGAGUGUCCAGCAAUUGUUUGAACAAAGCUUUCACUCUUCGGAUAUAAAACUCAAGGAGGUUCCUUCUUGUUUUAUCAUUCAAAUGCCUCGAUUUGGAAAAAACUAUAAGAUGUAUCCACGAAUAUUGCCUUCGCAAGUACUUGAUGUAACAGACAUUAUUGAAAAUUCUCCUCGACAGUGCUGUCUGUGUGGAAAACUGGCUGAGUACGAGUGCCGGGAUUGCUUUGGUAGCCUGCAAGCUGGAUCAGGACUAGAGUGCACAGCUUUUUGCCCAAUAUGUCUGAAAACAUUUCACUCUCACGUCAAAAGAACUAACCAUGUGUCGAAAAAGAUCUUCAGUCCGAAAGAAUUUAGAAUCAUGGCCGAGCACAUGGUUGUCCCGCGAUUGUACAUGGAAUUGUUUGCCGUCGUUUGCAUAGAAACGUCCCAUUACGUGGCGUUUGUAAAGUCUGGGUCAGGGCCAGAUGCACCAUGGUGCUUUUUCGAUUCAAUGGCUGAUAGAAAAGGUGAACAGAAUGGAUACAAUAUACCUGAAAUUACGUGUGUUCCAGAAUUAACACAGUGGCUCUCGGAAGAAGGCGCACGAUCUAUAAAUGAAACUUCAACGAACGAUAAAGUAUUACCUGAACACGCUAAGCGUAUUUUUUGCGAUGCCUAUAUGUGUCUGUACCAAAGCACAGAUAUUAUGAUGUACCAUUAGAACAAAUGUAUCUAUAAUAAAGAUGAAUACAAUAAAUUUUUUGUAAGUCACCAG